AUGGGCCUUCCAACUGUCGUCCUCGUCCACGGCGCCUGGCACACCCCCGCAAACUACCAGAGCUACGCCUCCGCCCUGCGGGCCCAAGGAUUCACCGUCCAUUGCCCCCUCCUCCCCUCCUGCAAUAAAUCACUGCCGCCGACGACCUCCCUGCAGGACGACGUCAAUGCUGUUCGGGAGCUCGUUUCCUCGCUUGUCGCAGCCGGCGAGCGCAUCCUUUUGAUCAUGCACUCGUACGGCGGGGCGGUCGGCACCGAGGCGGUCGAGGGACUGGCUUAUCCGGUCCCAACUCCAACGACAGAUGAUGGCAGUGCAGCUGCAGCUGGAGUUGGAGGUGUAGUCCAUUUGCUCUACCUCUGUGCGUACAUUCUGCCCCCGCGGACUUCGAUCUGGGAUAUUGUUCGAGAGGCGGGAUUUGAGUCGAUCUUCGAGGAGCAUGUUCGCACGGCCGAAGACGGGAGUACAUUCCCGGUUGACCCGGGCUUGAUGUUCUUUGCUGGCGAUGACUCGGUUUCGAAGGAUACGAUUGAUUCAGCCUUGCUGUCGCUUGUGAGGUUUCCGCGGAGUGCCUUGAUGGCCCCGGUGGGGAGGGGGGUUGCGUGGCGUUCUAUCCCGGUGACUUAUGUGCUUACGCAGAAGGAUUACGGAGUUCCCAAGGUUUAUCAGGAUAUUAUGCUCUCCAAGGUUAGGGGUGAAGGCGUGGAAUUGAGGACUGAGGAUUUUGAUACGUGCCAUAGUGUUUUUAUUUCCCGGGAAGCGGAGAUGGUGAAGCUCGCUGUAGAGGCAGCUACUGAUGGAAGAAACUGUCCCGUGUCUUAG